AUGGAAGGGGAGAUGAUGGUAACGAUGAUGACAAUCAAUGGAAGAACAGCAACCUUCCAUGAAAAAGAUCAUUCUUACUCCACUCUCAUAUCUAUCCCUAUCCCUACCCCUACCCCAGCCCCAACCUGGAAACUGUACGAAAAUCCGUUCUAUAGUUGUCCUCAAAACCACCAUCAAAAUCAAGAAAAGAAAGAACAAGAACAAGAGGUAGAAGUGGGUCAGAAGAAGCAACUCCAUCUUCUUCAUUUGCCUGUUUCCACGCGUAAGAUUGCGACAUCUUUCUGGGAUCUUACAUUCAUCAAGCCAUUCAUGGAUUCAGAGCUCGACACUGCUCGAGCACAGAUCAUGGAGCUCAAAGAACAUCUUGAGAACGAACGAAAAGCUCGUAAAAAGGCAGAGUCUAUCAACAAGAAGCUGAGAAAGGAGCUGAAAGGAAAGGAUGCAUUGGAGAAAGUAUGCGAAGAGCUUGCAGCGGAGGUGUCAUGUAGUAAGGCUGAGAUAAGCAGGUUAAAGAUAGACAUGGAAGAGGAGAGGAAGAUGUUGCGUGUGGCUGAAGUAUUGAGAGAGGAAAGGGUCCAGAUGAAGCUCAGUGACGCAAAAAUCAUGUUAGAAGAAAGGAUAUCGGAAUUGGAAAUCACCAAAAUGAUCCACAAGAAGAAUGAUGGAGAUCAUCAUCGGGAACAAAAAGAGCAGAAUAAAUGUCUUGUUCUUUCGAAAGAGAACCGCAGUGUCAUAUCUGAAAAAUCACUGAAAUUAAAAGGUAGAAAGGUGUCAUUAGAGCCCGAAAAUCCUCACAUAAAACGUGGAAUCCGAGGGUUUGUGGAAUUCCCGCGAGUUGUUAAGGCGAUCGGGUCAAGAGGCAGACAUUUGGGUACAAAAUUGGAAUGCCAGAAGGCUCAACUCAUGAUACUUCUAAAACAGAAGACACAAAUCCAGUCCAACAAUCUAAUCAUGAAUUAA